UCUCAGGAUUUGCAGAUGUGGGGGGGGCCAGGGAGGGAGGAGCUGUCCCCCCAGAGCCAGCACCAGCACCUCAGUUUCCCAGAGCUGUAUGUGGGCUUGGGGGGGGCGGGGGGCGGGGAGCUUGUUUGGCAGCAGGCGCCCAUCAGACAACUGGAAAGUGCCAGCGCUUGCCCGGCCAUCUGUCCCCGUCCGCCUGGCUCCCGGCCGCCUUCUGCGUCGUCUGCAGCGGGGCUCAGAGCCUGGCCGGGAGGGGCAGGAGGCCCGGUUUGCCUUUUGUUUAUUCCCAUCUCAUUUUCGGCUCCUGCGCUUUGGACGAGUUGCCAGAGCGCAGCCGCCGCCCCGAGCCCCGUGCUUGGCAACAUUCCCCCCAACGAUGGGAUGCCGGGAGGCCCCAUCCCACCGGGGUUCUUUCAGGGUCCUCCGGGGUCACAGCCCUCGCCGCACGCACAGCCUCCACCUCACAAUCCCAGCAGCAUGAUGGGACCCCACAGUCAGCCUUUUAUGUCACCGCGAUACGCAGGCGGCCCCCGGCCCCCGAUCAGAAUGGGAAACCAGCCUCCAGGCGGAGUUCCUGGGACACAGCCACUGCUGCCCAAUUCCAUGGAUCCCACACGGCAACAAGGGCACCCCAACAUGGGAGGAUCCAUGCAGAGAAUGAACCCUCCCCGAGGCAUGGGGCCUAUGGGGCCCGGCCCACAGAAUUACGGCAGCGGCAUGAGACCACCACCCAACUCCCUCGGCCCCGCCAUGCCCGGGAUUAACAUGGGCCCGGGAGCUGGCAGACCCUGGCCCAAUCCUAACAGUGCUAACUCAAUUCCGUACUCCUCCUCCUCACCCGGUACCUACGUGGGACCUCCUGGUGGUGGCGGCCCCCCAGGAACACCCAUCAUGCCUAGUCCUGCAGAUUCAACAAAUUCCAGUGACAACAUCUACACAAUGAUUAAUCCGGUGCCGCCUGGAGGCAGCCGAUCCAACUUCCCCAUGGGUCCAGGCUCGGACGGCCCGAUGGGGGGCAUGGGCGGCAUGGAGCCACACCACAUGAACGGCUCAUUAGGGUCAGGUGACAUAGACGGACUUCCAAAAAAUUCUCCUAACAACAUAAGUGGCAUUAGCAAUCCUCCGGGCACCCCUCGAGACGAUGGCGAGCUAGGGGGGAACUUCCUCCACUCCUUCCAGAAUGACAAUUAUUCUCCAAGCAUGACGAUGAGUGUGUGACCCCCUCCUCUUCUCCGAGACGCUGCGAGAGCCGGCAUUACAGGCGGGAAGAUGCCAGAAGUUAGGCAAGAAGAAGUGAGGUGUCGUUACCCAGGAGCUGGGGGAGGGGCGCCUCCCGCUCCCCCCACCCCUCCCCGCCCCCCGUCCCAGUUUUAGUUUUCAUGCAAUAAAAAGGCUGAACUUUUUAUUCCGUAAAACAUGAAGGACAAAACUCAAAAAUGUAUUUCAGGUCAAUCACCAGAAAAAUCCCUCCCCCUUGCCUUUUCCCAAAAGGACCGUUAAUGUACAUGACACUUUUUUGUUGUUUUUGUUUGGGGUUUUACCGUUGUUGGGAUUUUUUUUAUUUUCGGGGGGUUUUUUUGGGGGAAAAAAUUUUUUUAAAUGGAAGCUUCGAGCAAGCCUCCCCCCACCCCAUCCCAAUCAACCUCUUUGCUUUCUUCUUAAAAAAAAAAAAAAAAAAAGAAAAAGAAAAAAGGACAAAAAAAAAUCCAAGCCCUUUUGUCUGUCUGUACCCAAGCCCUUCCACCAGGAAAGCUAGUCUAGGUGUGAGAUCUCACCUUUGUAGCCAUCUAAAACCGUAAUUAUUAUAAUAAACUGGGCAGUUUACAAUCGGUGGUUUCUUUCAAAAGGCCUUUUUUGGAAAGAAAAGAGUCACCCUUUUCCGCUGGCCGUUUUUGGCUUUGUGCUGACGGGCAAGGGAGGGGCGGGGAACCUGCUCCGUCUUUGCUUGGUGCCCUCCCUGCGAGGUGGCAACAGCAGCUGCACAACUUGGACCCUGCCCCCCCCCCCCCCCAGUGUGUGGCUGGAGGGGCCGCCCACCACUUUCAGGAUCCCGUCCCGGCGGAGACGCGCGCUGUGACCCAGUGGCCGGCACUGUGCUCCCAGGACUGCUUCCUCUCUCUCCGGGACCUCUCUGCACCCCGCCUCCCGCCCCCUCCUUGGCCCCCCCUCAGCCCCGUCUUCCCAGUGAGAAUCCUGCCAGCGGGACGGUGGCCCGGAGCGGAGCGGAGCGGGGCGGGCGGCCCCCGGCAGGAUGGCUAUGACCUGGGACGUGGAGACCGUGCCCCCCCGUGGGCUCACCCCUCGCAUCGUCCUCGUGCGUGCGGACAGCGUAGGGCUGGAGGGGGGGGUUGCUUGGGGUUUUUUCUCUUGAUUCUUUCUCCGAGGUGGGAUAUUGACCAGAAUUGCUCUGUAGAUGCUUGGAACUGGACGGAAAGACUUCGGAAUAGCGGCGGGGGGUCGGGGCGGGGACACCCACAACCAAACCGACGUGCUGUUUCUGGUCCUGUUUUUAUUUUCAAAAACCGACACACUCGACAGUAGAGCCUGUCCCCUCCCAGGAGGGGUGACUCGUGGCCGCCGUCACCUCACCACCCCCCAUCGGAACCUCUGUGUCUGGCCCUGAAGACACCCCAAUUCUUUGUACAUUGACGCCCGCCGCCCCUCCCCCCGUAGCUGGUCUUUGUUUUCCCCCCUCCCCCCAUCCAUGUAUAUCAUAUUAUGUGAGAUAUCAUCUGCCUGAAAAAAGACCUUGUGCGGAUUAUUGGGAACAUUGUAGCUGUUUCUGUGUUUUUUCUUACCUUGUAGUCUGGUUCUGAAUUAAGAGAGAAAAAAAAAAAGUAAUUAUGAUACAUUGUAGUUUGUGUACGAUAUAUGUUGAUAACGUUUUAUUAAAGGGACAUCUUUUUUCCGCA